CUAUGGAUAGAGUCAUGAGAGUUGUUUCACUAGUCAGGUUUCUAUGCAUUGCGUCUAUUACAGUUAGCUUAUGCAAAGGAAACCUGAAUGUUCCUUGUAAAGAAAAUGAGAGACAAACACUUCUUAUGUUCAAGAAAGAUCUUAAUGAUUCUUUAAAUAUGCUUUCCUCUUGGGUUGGUGAAGGCGAUUGUUGCAACUGGACCGGUGUUGCCUGCAGUAAUUCAACGGGUCAUGUCCAUGAACUCCACCUUGCUGGUAAUUACAAUCAAGUGACUGGUGAGAAACAUGGUUUGGGUGGUAAGGUAAAUCCUUCUCUGCUCAAUUUAAAGCAACUCAGCUACUUGGACUUAAGCUACAAUAAUUUUGAAGGACUACAAAUUCCUAGCUUUCUAGGUUCUCUUAAAGGUUUAAGAUAUCUUAACCUCUCACAUGCAGGGUUCAACGGAACCAUUCCUCAUCAGUUGGGAAAUCUUUCAAGUCUACGUUAUCUGGACCUUUCUGAAAACUUGUUGAUGGUCGAGAAUCUCAAAUGGCUCUCUGGUCUUUCUAUGUUGAAACAUCUUGACAUGAGUUAUGUAAAUCUUUCCAAAGUAUCUCAUUGGUUACAAGCAAACACACUCCCUUCUCUGCUGGUCGAGUUACAUUUGCAUGGCUGCGAACUUUAUCACAUACCAACUGGUGUUGUGAACUUGACAAGUCUUAAAGUUCUUGAUCUGUACUUUAACUAUUUCAACUCUACCAUACCUACAUGGUUGUACCGUAUGAGCCAUCUUGAGUCCCUCGACCUUUCUGGCAAUGCUUUGCAUGGUGAAAUUUUGAGUUCCCUUGGAAACUUGACAGCCCUUGUUGAUCUUAUAUUAGGUUCGAAUCAGCUUGAAGGGGAAAUCCCAAACUCAUUGGGAAAUCUUUGUAAGUUGACUUUUGUUGAUCUAUGGUUCAACAAUUUUAGGGGGAGGGUAUCAGAAAUCUUUGAAAGUUUGUCUCGGUGUAGUUCUGGUCAAAUAAAUCUUUUAGAUCUUUCGAAUAAUUCUUUUUCAGGUCAUUUAUCUGAUAAGCUAGGAAGUCUUAAAAAUUUACGCUAUCUUGAUCUUUCACUUAAUCCAAUAUCAGGUUCCAUUCCAGUGUCCUUGGGCAACCUAUCACUCUUAGAGGAGUUGUACAUUUUUAGCAUGUUAUUCGAGGGUAUUGUCUCUGAAGUUCAUUUUACAAAUCUUACAAGGUUGAUUAACUUUGUUGCAAAUAACAACUCCUUGACUCUUAAAACCAGCCCAAACUGGGUUCCUCCUUUUCAACUUUCUAUGUUGACUUUAAGUUUUUGGCGUCUGGACCCAUCAGAGUUGCCUGCAUGGCUUAAGAGUCAAAAACAUUUGAUUUCUCUUAACAUGUCCAAUACAGGAAUUUCAGGUACCAUUCCAACUUGGUUUUGGAACAUUUUUUCGCUUAAUGCAGUGACCUUUGUAGAUCUCUCAUGUAAUCAGUUGUUUGGCGAGGUUCCAAACAUAGUUUCUGCCAAGUGGCCAAAACAAAAGCCUUCCAAUUCUUUGUUUUCAAAAAUCGCGAUUCGGUUAGGGUUUAACCAGCUCAAUGGUUCAUUGCCUCUUGUGUCUUCCAUAGUGUCUGCAUUAGAUCUUUCCAAUUCAUCAUUUUCGGGAACUCUCUCUCAUUUCUUUUGUGAUAGGAGUGAUGUACCUAAAACCCUUCAAGUUCUUCAUGUUGGCAACAAUCUCCUCACUGGAGAAAUUCCUGAUUGUUGGUUACACUGGCAAAACUUGACAUCUUUGAAUUUAGAAGACAACAAUUUGACGGGAAAAAUUCCAAGCUCUAUUGGAGACUUACUUUCCCUUCGAUCAUUGCACUUGCGCAAUAAUAACUUAUCUGGAGAAUUACCCGUCUCCCUACAAAAUUGUGAGCAGUUGUUACUUUUGGACCUUGGUGGAAACAAGUUUGUUGGAAGCAUUCCAAUAUGGUUUGGCCAAAGCUUAGUAGUUCUUAGUCUUCGUUCAAAUAAGUUCCAUGGCGCCAUUCCUGAUGAACUCUGUAGUCUCAUGAAUCUCCAAAUCUUGGACCUUGGGUAUAACAAUCUCUCGGGAAUGAUACCAAGAUGUUUCCAAAAUUUGUCAUCCAUGGCCAUUACCUUUCCAAGAAGUACCAGUUUUGAAGUUUUCAGUGAGUAUGAUGCUGGGUAUGGUGUUGCGAUAGCUGGUAUGGUUUAUUAUGACGAGACCACCUACAUAGAGAGUGCAGUUUUUGUGACCAAAGGCAAAGAGGUGAAAUAUAACACAAUGCUUGGUUUGGUAGCUAGUUUGGACCUUUCAAGCAACAUGUUAUCUGGAGAAAUCCCUGAAGAGCUGACCAGCCUCAUUCGCUUACAAACGUUGAAUUUAUCGGAUAAUCUUCUAACCGGAAGGAUACCUUCCAAAAUCGGUGAUAUGGCAAUGUUAGAGUCACUUGAUUUGUCCGUGAACCAACUUUCUGGAGAAAUUUCUCCAAGCAUCUCGAAUUUGACAUUUCUUAAUUAUCUGAAUUUGUCCUAUAACAAUCUGAUAGGGCAAAUUCCAAAAAGCACUCAGCUUCAGAGCUUUGAUCUGUCCACUUAUGCUGGCAAUAAACUUUGUGGACCUCCAUUAGAAGAGCGUUGCAUUACAAAUGAGGCCAUGCCACUGGUAGUUGAUGAGAAACAAGGAGAAGGUCAUUUACUUGAAGACGGUGGGUUCUAUCUGAGCUUGGGGCUUGGAUUUGCAUUCGGGUUUUGGAUUGUUCUUGGUUCAUUGUUGUCUAAUGUGCCAUGGAGCAAUGCAUUUUCUCGGUUCCAAAAUCGCAUUGUGAAGAAGCUUUAUGCUGCAAUCGUCAAACGUUAUUAACUAUUUUGUAUAGUUAGAUUGAGUUUGUGUGGUAUGUUUCUACUAUGCUAUAGAGAUAGAAUUUACACCGUUGUAUGCUUUUUUGUGCCAAUUUAUUUUUAUCUUUUCUAGGUUUUUUUCUUUUUUGGUAUAAAAAUUGUAAGACUUGCUUUAUAAA